CUCUCCUUCAUCUACACGUAGAAAAAUGGCGGAGCGGAGCUGCGGAGGCUGCAUCGGCUGAGCUGCUGGCAGUUUAAACACCACACACGGGCACACAGUCACCGCGGACGGGGCCGCUGUGUCGGGAGGGCACUGCAGUAAGAGCAGGGCGAGGUUAGUCUCCGAACCGGCGGAGAACUUCAUUUAUUCUUUUUCCUCGAAACGAGAAGCUGGAGCCGAGUGAGGAGCCACGAAAACAAGUCAUGAACGGGGACAGCGUAUGCAAUUCAUUAAAUGUCUUAAGCUGCACAAAGUCCACAUCACCGUGUCAGGAUGAAAAGACGAUCAAGCUGACACAGGACGGGAUGUGCCCUCCAAUAAGCUCCCAGCAAAAUGAUGCUCAGAGGCAGGAAGAGGGUAGGAGAACAAAUACCAUCAGCACCACACCAAAAGACUCAAAGAGCCAGUGUUCACCCUGCUGGUUAGAUGAACAGCCGUCACCUCCGCAGCUCUGCUGCACUCAGACCUGCCUUCGUUCCCCUGCCGAGCCCUCCCUGCCUCGCAGUAACAGCCUAUGUCGCAGUCCUCUCUUAACCGACAACAGCAGCUCUCUCCACAGCCACCAGAGGAGAGACGUCCGCCACCAGAGGAGAGACGUCCGCCCCAAGGUCGAGGGAAAGAGACCGCCACGAAGAAUUGCAGCCGGGAAAAACUCCCAAAACCGAAAAGUUACUGACUACUAUCCGAUCAGACGGAGCUCAAGAAAAAGCAAAACAGAGCUAAAGUGUGAACAAAAGAAGCUCAUAGACGAUCUCAUCACAAAGGGAAUAGAGGAAGGAAUGGAGGUGCAGUAUAUAGAAGGAAAGGGGAGAGCAGUGUUUGCCACUCGGUGUUUCCAGAAAGGCGAGUAUGUGGUGGAGUACCACGGAGACCUGCUGCAGAUCACCGACGCCAAAAAGCGGGAGGCCGAAUACGCUCAGAACCCUGCCACCGGCUGCUACAUGUACUACUUCCAGUACCUCUGCAAAACAUACUGUGUCGACGCCACAAAAGAGAGCGGUCGAAUGGGUAGGUUGAUAAAUCACAGUAAAAACGGAAACUGCCAAACCAAACUUCACGACAUCAGCGGCGUCCCUCACCUCAUCCUCGUCGCCUCUCGAGACAUCGACGAGGGCGAGGAGCUGCUGUACGACUAUGGAGACCGCAGCAAAGCCUCCAUCGCAGCUCACCCGUGGCUCAAAUACUGAAGAGAAAAAGGGAAACAUACAGUAACACCUGUGUUUCUCGUUAGCUAGUGUACAAAUUGCCUUAGAAACAGAAUGUGUACCCUUUUUGUUCCAAUACCGAGGACGCUGGAUGGGUUUAGUAAGUAAACCAAGGGGAGGGGGGGGUUAAUCAGGUACUUACCACAUUUCAACUGAGGUCCAUCUGCCCCGUCAGAUGGCAUCUGUACUUUUAUUUAUAUGUGUAUAUGAAACAUUCUGGUUGUUUUGCAGCACAUUUCUUUUGUACAUUUUGUAUUACCUAUAGACCAAUGCUUCGACAGCAUGCAGGUGGUAGUUAAUGCUCUUAAUGCAUUUUUAUACUGCUUUUUCUUAAUUAGUGGUUAGAUACUUAGCAAUACUUCUAAUUAUGGCCCCUGAUCCCUUUUUCGAUCAGCAAGACUUAUGAGAUGCAAAUUACAAACCCUUUUUAAAAUCAUAUUCUGUCAGAGUGGAAUUUAAUUUCAGACAGUAAAACUCAGGAGCGUCAUAGUUCACCACACUCAUGGUUCAGUUUUUGGGUAUUGAUCACAAGUAUUUUACUGUGGAACAACAAAGUGUUCAACAUACAGACUUAUGAAAUCACACAAAUCGUUCAAAAGGAUCAUUUUCCCGUUUUCAUGCCUUUUUUUUAGCACAUGUAGUAUUUUUUAAUAUUUAAGAUACAUAUCAUAUUUAAAUUACGCUGCAAAUGUUCAAUUUUAUAUUCUGUUCUGUUUCCUUUAAGGGAAAUUUAUAUGGAAGUGUGUUAUAAAUGACUGAAUGAUAAACUAAUGUGAACAGAGUCGGACCUUUACAGGUUCACGUGGUUCUCCACUCCGUGUUUUCAGCAGUCAGAUCUUCCUUUUAAUUCACUUUCAUACACAUUUAACUGGUGACACUGUCGGCAUCACUGCACUAUGUAAAUAUAUUUAUUUGUUUUCUUUUUCCAGAGUCACAGGUGGUUUCAAAGGAAUAGUUUGGCAUUUUGGGAAAUGUGUUGUAGUUUUAUUUUAAUUUCCAUUCAGGAGAAUUUAUUUGACAGUUAAUUGACCUAAAACACAGUUUUCAGCAUGUGUUCAGUCCCGGUCAUGGUGUGUUGACGUUAGUCCCUCACAGCCUCUGCGUUUAGGAAAACAGGAAAAAUAAAAUGUUCAGUCCAAAUCCUCCGGCCGCUUCUUCUCUUAAAUGAACUGAUGCAAACUUUUACAAAUGUUUUAUCGCAAACUUGAAUAGUAAAAACACACGCAGUGUUCAGUUUAUUAGGUACACCUGUAAUCUCUAAUCCAAUCCAACACUCAGCCAUAAAUUCUGACAGUAUCAACAAAAACUGAACAUUAUAAUCUAUAAUCUAUAAAACCUGUUGUAUUAGAGCCCAUUAUAUUUUUGAAAAAUCAAAGAUCCGAAUAAAUCAAAUGAUUUCCUCAGGUGUAGCUAAUAAACAAGCCAUGGAGUGUAGUGUCAUUGCCCGUUUCCAGUAAGACGCGUUUCCCAAAAUGUCCAGUUAUUCCUUUAUGCUCAAAAACCACAUGUAAGCAGCGUUUUACAGCAGUGUCUUGAAUCUGUGCAGCCAUGGGUUUGGUGAACAUCACGCUCCUGUCUAUGCUGUCACGUCGUUCACAAACCGUUAUCCCAUCUGAAAAGUAUUUAACAGCUGAACUGCCAACAGGUCAUUUUUCUGCUUGAUAUUUUAGUAGCUUUUCCUAAUGUGUUUUUCCAUGAAUUGUAGCCAGAAGGUCCAAGAGUUCUGCCAGAGCUCCAGUCGCAUACUGAAAAUGUUUUUUCCUGUUUAUCUUUUCAGUUACUUUGAUUUUUUGUUUGAAUUAGUCGCCCAGAAAAAUCACCCAGAGACACAUCACCUGUUUCUUUUUAGCGAAUUGUUGAGAAGCGCGCCCAUCACAGCUCCUCAGAGAUCAGGGCAACGUCCUCUGGUGUCCGAUGAACUGUCCAACACCUAAAGAAGAGAAACAAUAAAUCGAUUAUCAGAAUUAUUUUUCUGUCCAUGAGCUGAUCAGCUAAGGGUUUCGACCAUAACAACACAGAAUCUUAAUGUCGUUGUCACCUGGGUGUUAAAUUAAAUCUGUUUUAGAGAAUCAAGCUGCUGAUAUUCUCUGUUUUUGCUGCUGUCAACAAAUCAAAUGAAAAGACUCAAACCAGCUUCGUGUCAGUGACGUCUCUGCUCUCUGUCGCUGGAGUUUUUAACAAACAGGACGAAUCAGAGCCUUUGUCGGGGACUAUUUUCAGCGGUGGAUUAAUCCAUGUUUGGUGCUGCAGUGAGUGCAUGGGGCAGCAGGACAGUGUUUCUCUUUGUUUGAUUUGUUGUCAGUCAAAAAAAAAAAAAAACAUAGAUUAUCACCAGACUUCAUUCAUCAUUAUUUGAAUUUAUUGGCACAAACACGAUGAAUUGAAAUGUUCUUUGUGCCGACACUAAUCUCUUUGUCUCCCAGUGAAGUAGCAGUUUAAAACAAAUAUCUUAGCAGGUCACUCCUGAUAUGCAUCUUCACUUUUUCUAGCAGGACAACACCUUUCCAUUCGUUUUGAUGUACAGCACUUUCUCUUCUUACAGGUGCUGUUUGUAUUAUUGUUAGUAUAAUGUAAAUUUUAAUAGGUUUUUUUUUAUUAUGAGUUUGGUGUAAUUGUUUCGGGGAAUCCUGGGACUCCUGUCUUUGCUUUCUUGCUGACAGUAGAUGAGAAGGUUAUUCCGUUAAGACCCCUGAAUUGAAUAUUUUUACUUACCUGUAGCAGCUUUGUGUCAGACUCUAACUCAGAAAUCACAAAAAGACGACGACUCCGGUUCGUGUAAGUUUCCCAAAUGUUCAGUACAUCACUGAAUUCCAGGAUUCUUUUGAUUCCAAGUUUUUCUUUCAGUCAGACGUUUUGGAGAAAGUGUCGUCAGUGUUAAUACGCAGAGCCUCCCUCUCUAACAGUAGCAUUGUGUGUUACAGCUGUGAAAUGUUUUCAGCCUUUCUUAAACAAAUGUGUUACGUUUUGGAUUAUUCCUUUUUUUUUUUUUUUUUUUUAUGUAGAACUAAUGCAAUAAAACCCGAGGGGCAAAACUGACCUGUUGGCCAUUUUAGGACUUAAUAGAUCUUUGCUGUUGUAGCGUUGAAUAAAUCUUAAUGCUGGGGUUCAGGCAUCGAUGAAUAAAGAUGUAAUAUGCAAGUAACAGGAGUGGCCAUCUGAUUUGUUCUCAUGUUAAAAUAAAUGCUUGUACAAGUUUAGAAUGAGCGAGUGAAGAUAAACCAAACAAACACUUAAAACAUUACAGAGAUUUUUAUUAUUUUCAGAGACGUGUUUGAAUAAAAGCCAGUUUCUUU